GGACUGGCUCAGGGAGACAGUAGUUCAUAAGGUAGCAGGAUCUGCUCUGAGAAGAGCAUUUAGCACUCUGCACCAUGAAGGGGACGCUGCUUCUGCUGGCCUUGCUGGUGACCGGGGAGCUGGGCAUCCAGACAACGGAAGCAUGCAUUCCUUACUUGGAAACCUUCUAUGUAACGGCCUUUGGAAACAAGAAAACACUGAAUAAACUCAUUUCCAAGUUUAGCCCUACUGACAAAGAAAGGGAGGCGCUGGAAAAAAUCCAGGAAUGCUUCAAUGAGGGAGGAUUGAAAGCCAAAGUCUUGGAUGCCAAAGUUCUGGAAGCCAUCCUCUUCAGCCCACAAUGCAUAGAGUACUAUACCAAGGACAUCAUCGACAAAAUCAAGAAUUUCCUUUCCAAACUAACCUCUAUGUAAUAUGAUGACUGAUCUGGUGUCAUCUUGCUGCCCUGUCCUGUUUCCCUCCUGAAGUUGGAAUCCAGACACCUGUCCCCUCCUUGUCCAGUCUGUUAAGCUGAUUAUAAUAAACACCUGCAGCUCUG